AUGAGGCGGUGCGAGCAGCAGGCGGCUUCAUCGCCGGCGUCGUCCGAGUCUGAUCAGAUCGAUCAGGAGCGGGAUAUCAACACAGAGCUCCUGGAGCUAAAGGCAUUGCAUAUGCAUCACAGAAGUCGCAGGAAACACAUCGAAAUCUCAUCCGUGCCAGCGCCGCCAGCGCCGACAAGGCCCGCGCAGCAGCGGUGGCGGCCAAACAGUCAGCAGCUGGCCAUCCUGGAGGAAUUCUACGCGAAAGGGACGCCGCCAUCGCAAGAAAACGUCACGGAGAUAGCCGAGCUCAUCGGCCACCACGGCCCGGUGGACGAAUCCAAAGUGUACUAUUGGUUUCAGAACAAGAAGUCCCGCGAGAAACGCAAGCGGCGCCGCAUCGAGGAGGCCAACGCCGUCUCUGGCGCCUCCGCCUCUUCUUCUCCCGCCGCCGCCAGUGCCACCGCCGCUUUCCAGCAGGAUUUGUCCUCCUCCGCCCCUAGCGCUUCCGCUUCAGCUUCAUCCGGUAAAUCAAUGAGCGACACUACUGCUCCCUCUCCCUCUCUCUCUCUUUCUUUCUCCAUCUCUUUCGAUCAAUCCCAUCGGUCUUUCAUUUUCGUCCUCCUGGGGUCGGAGCAAUUGCACCAUCCCGCCGCGCAGUCGUAUGCUGCUGCCCAGAUCGUGAUUGACGGGGGAGUGGUUUCUAUCAUCGACGACAAAUCGCCCUUCGAUCUCGUGGGCCACUUUGGCGACGGCGCGGCGCUCUUCGAUCCAGCGCUUGGGCGAAUCGUUCCCACCAACGAGCGCGGCGUGACGCUGGAGCCUCUCGAGUCGCGGGCUUACACUCUCGUAAGGAAGACGAAGGAGGGAUAUGCCUUAGGCAUAUUCCCUCCUUUAAAAAAGAUUUGGAACAGUACAGUAAUGAGUUUGCGUUCUUCGUCUUCUAGGUGUGGCCGAUUCCACUGGCGCACGAAGCCUCGCAGCUCGGGAGCUUCGCCAAUUUGGAGGACCCCCCCUGGAGUCUGUAAUGAUCCAGUUCUUCCUCUUCCCAACUUGAUCCAGGUCGCGCAUUCUUCCCAAUUUGAUCGAUUUGAUCCAUCUCUUGCUUUGCUAGGCUGA